UACUCCGAGAGAAUAAGAUAAGAUGUGACGAUGAGAAACAGGCAGUAAGAAUCGAAAAAAAACGCAACUAGCCUCGCAAGUGUGUAGAGAACCAAGCGGUCCAAGCCUGGGCAUACCGGAUAGAUUCCGGAACGGUGUUCCGAGAGGGCAGGCAAAGUGCUAAUCUACAUCUCUUUCUCGUUCCUCUGCGUUUUUCAUUCUGACUAUUUAUCAAAAUGAACUUUGCCUACGCGAAUCAUGCCCCCUCGUCGUUCGCUGGACCUUCCUCAUCCAAACUUCAAGGACCUUUCGAUGACGGGAAAAAGGAAAAGAGACGAAAGGAUCUUUCUGGCAAGGUUGUGAAAGAGAUAAGUGAGCGGAGAGAAGACGGCAGACACUACACGGAAAACAUCAACGUCUUAGUCUCCACUACUGCCUCUCUCUCAACCAACCCUUCGCUCGUACCCUCAUAUAACCUUCGUCUCCUUCCAUUCACCAUAUCCCGCUCCGCUCUGUUAUACCAAGAUGAGCUCUCCGAAUCCUACUCUCUCUCACGUGCACAAACAGCAUUCCUCGAAGAACAGCGCAAAGUCGAAGAUGAAUGGAAAAAAGGUCGAGAUCGCGUCCGAGAACGACUUUUAGAAGGAAUCGAAGAAAGGAGAAAAAGAGCUAGAGAAGAUAAGGAGGGUGAAGGAAUAUCAGCUGAUGCGACGCUCGAUUCGCAGAAUAGACCACAUAUUACAAGAAAGUUGCGGAAUAAGAUGGGCACGCCGCCUCCGAUGACGCCACUUGGCAGUCAAUUAGGAAGCGCGGCUGUCUCUAGCGCAGGUAACCCAGGAGCUAUAAGCAGUUUCCCGAUUACUUCUGGACCAUUUCUUAAUCCUCACUCGUUAUCCGUGGACGAAAUACCUUCUCCCUUCCCACUGGCCCUCACAGCUACAGCAAUCUCGUCUGGAAGCGGAGGGAAUGGUGGCAGCGGUGCUUUGGGUGCUAAUCCUGGUGGAGGAAGUGCUAGUGGUCCUGGUGUCGGUGGGAGUGCUAGCACGGCAGGAGGUAGAAGAAGACCUAAGGGCAGUGGAACGCAUCAGAGUCAAGCGAUUGGAGGGUUAGGGAAAAGUUUGGCAAUGUUGAAUGCUUUGAAGGAUACGGAGAUCGAAGCGGAUUUGGGAGAGAUUAGGAGAGGGAAUAAGAGGAGGAGAGCAGCGGUUGCUGCAGGUGCCAAGUAGUACAGCGACUUUCCACUUACUUCUUGUUACGAUUAUCAUUCUCUACACUUAUUAGUGACAACGGUCCUAAACUUUUUACUCUCGCUGAACU